AUGGCCGAGGAUGACAAUGACGAAGUUGGCAAUGGCGAGGGUGACAAUGGCGAGGAUGACAGUAGCGAGGAUGACAAUGGCGAGGAUGAUAACGGCGAGGAUGACAAUAGUCAUGCUCAAGUGCGCAUCACCCCUGCACGCAUGGGGCAGACAUGGAGAGGAGGGGGGACCGAUGAGUGCAUAAAUCGUUCUCAACCGCAUCCCACCGCACUGCACCCCAUUUUAUCCCUUCUUUUCUGCGAUCCCAGGUCAUGCUCAAGGCAUGCUCAAGUGCGCAUCACCCCUGCACGCACGGGGCAGACAUGGAGAGGAUGGGGCACUUCGUUGGGAUGGUUCGCAAACUACAUUGGCAAGCUCCCAGCACACCAGCUCAAGUUCCUCCUCGACCUGCUCUUCCAUCCCUCUAUCGGCCUUGGGUUGAACCUCGCCCGAUACCUUAUCGGGGGCAGCUUCAACCCCCUCCUCAGCCCCCAGUUCCUAACAGAAGCCUGCGAAGCCAUGGCGAUUCCUGGUUACUGCGUAACCGUGUCCGGGCCAUACGACUGGUCGGCGGAUUGGCGGCAGCGGAAGGUAUUGGCUGGAGCGAUCGAUCGGGGAGUGGAGGAGGUAGAGGCAGUGGCGUACUCUCCCCCUUGGUGGAUGACUGUCAGUGGGGACACUGCGGGGCUAAGUACCGGUAAGAGUAACUUAAAAAGAGGGUAUUACUUAGCGUACGCGGGGUAUUUAGCGGAUGUGGUCGCACAUUUCCGGGAGGAGUGGAAUGUGACUUUCUCGACGCUGAAUCCGGCCAAUGAGGCGCUAGAGGGGUGGUGGGUGCGCGGUAACCGGCAGGAGGGGUGUAACUUUAACGGCACGGAGCUCAAUAUGCUUAUAGCGCAUGUGGUGGGGACGCUUAAAAGGAGACGGUUGUUCGACCGGACAGGAGUCGCUGGUUUCGAUAGUUUUGCUGGGCGCACCUUUCAAAACUGGGAGGAGUUUUCGCCGUUAGUCAAAUCCUCACUGACCCGAAUCAAUGUGCAUGGGUACGUGUCUCCCCCGGAAAACGGCACAAACGCACGUGAUUAUAUCGAAGGCAAGUUCGGUCCCUUGCGGGAACAAGCAGAGGCCCUGGGGAAGGAGGUGUGGGUGUCGGAAAUGGGCCCUCUCUUUGUAACCGGCGACGACAUGGCGGUUAUGGUCAUGUGUUCUGGCACCAAGAAGCAGCGUAACAUCUAUACUGAUGUCUAA